AUGGGCGGGAAUCCGGGCAUGACACAGCCACGCUCACUCAUCCAAAGGCUAGAUGAUGUGUUUGCUGGCUUCGCAUUACUGGGAGACAGAAAAGCUCCCCUACUCUUCCUCAGAGCCGUGCAGGGGACCAAAACACGCUGCCGACAACAGCUGUACCACAGGGUCGGAAUGCUGAACAACGACCUUGUCCGGGAAACAGAGAUUCUGCCGCCAAGCACGGUAUUCCUGCCAUUGAGUCAACCCCACACACCUUAUAUCCAUCCUGCAUUGCUGCAGCCCAGGGGAACACAGCGUGACAUUAAGUGA